GCUGUUUUUCCGUCACUUAGACCACAUCUUCAGACUACACCCAUUUAUCAUGUCGAAGCAAUUUGACGCCGCGGAGAUCAAGGAGCACAAGUCGGCCGAGUCCGCCUGGGUUGUCGUCGAUGGCAGCGUCUACGACGUGACAGAGUUUCUAGAGGACCAUCCAGGAGGCAGCAAGAUCCUCCUCAAGAACUGUGGCAAAGACUCUUCCGAUGCCUUCUGGAACUACCACUCUGAGAAGGUGCUGAAGAACGUUGCCGAAGAGUACAAGAUCGGAGAGCUGAAGCCAGGAGCAAAGCUAUAG